CCAGGGUUUGUUCCCUUGACAAAGGAGCCUUGGUUGGCUGAACCGGAUCACUCGGUGGACCGGGACCUUUGAGGCACGGUGUCGGGGUUGUAGAGACCCGGCUCUUUUUGGCGACGUGCUUCAGCCAAGUCUGCGGUGUUCGGGGCGCAGUGAUGUCGGUCGCCGUCCUCCUGGUGGCGGGCAUGGGGGUCGCUUUCGUGGUCUUUCUGCUGCUGCUCUACUUAGUGUCCCCGCUCAACCACCCCAAACCAAUGUCGUUGUCCGGGGCUCACGUUGUGGUAACUGGUGGUUCCAGUGGCAUUGGGAAAAGCAUUGCUAUUGAAUGCUUCAAGCAGGGUGCUUUCGUAACAGUCAUUGCAAGAAACGAGAAACGUCUCUUGGAGGCCAAGAAAGAAAUUGAGACAUUUUCAGUUAAUGAUAAGCAGGUUGUAUGUUCUAUUUCUCUUGAUGUUUCUAAAGGUUAUGCAGAUGUGGAGAAGUCGCUUAAACAAGCUCAAGAAAGGUUGGGUCCUGUUGACAUGCUUGUUAAUUGUGCUGGAACAUCAAUAACUGGAAGGUUUGAAGAAAUCGAUAUCCAUAGGUUUGAGCAAUUAAUGGCUAUCAACUAUCUGGGUAGUGUUUACCCAACUCGUGCGGUGGUUGGUAAAAUGAAGGAGAGAAGAAAGGGGAGGAUUGUGUUUGUCUCAUCUCAGGCUGGACAAGUUGGUGUUUAUGGAUAUUCAGCUUAUUCUGCAACAAAAUAUGCUCUUAGAGGAUUAGCUGAAUCUUUACUUAUGGAGGUAAAGCCAUAUAAUAUAUAUGUGACCAUUGCCUAUCCUCCAGAUACAGACACACCUGGCUUUGCAGAAGAAUGUCAGAACAAGGUGUUAGAAACCAAGCUUAUUUCAGAAGCGUCAUCAAUCUGCCAACCUGACUAUGUUGCCAAAAUUAUUGUUAAGGAUGCUGUUCAAGGAAAAUUUACUAGUUCUGCUGGUGCUAUUGGUCACAUGCUGACAAUAUUGACUAGUGGAAUGGCCCCAGUUUCUUCCUUCGUUGAACUCCUAGAGUCGGUUAUGCUCAUAGGCAUUUUUCGCUUGGCCAGUCUGUUUUUUACAGCAGGUUUUGACAGCAUUGUUCGCCGUUGCAUGAUAGAAAAAGAGAAAUCUGAAAAGACAGACUGAAGUAGAAUCAUGCUUUGAACUGAAUCCUGAUGAAAAAGGCGGACAAUUUGUAGUUAAAUAGGACCGCAGUUGUAUGGUCUGACUAUGCCUCACAGAUAUAUAUAUAUAUAUAUGCUGAAGUGAUGGUAAUCUUCAGUGGUGAAAGAAGGAGACAAAUGAAUCAUUCCAGGAAAAGUGCUAAUGAAGAAGACUGCUGUUUUUAUUUUCUGUUAUUUGAAAUAAUAGAUGUUGCCUUAGAAAUGAAUUUAUGAAAGAGUAAAACUUCGGUGUGCUCUUUUUGCUGGUAAUUCUGCACAAAUACAAUGUUUUAGCAUUGAACAAAUCCUUUAGCAAGGUUUUGUUCAAUGGUAAAUUUAAUCCAGAACUGUAGUAAACAACUUGGUUUCUUUCAGUUAUCAAGGACUACAAUUCUCACAGAUGAUUGCCAUUAUCGGCCGUUGCCCCUCCCUUCCCCAUCCCCUCAAAGCCUUGGAGAAUGUAAGAUUGCCUGACCAAAUCUAAGAUACAGUUAACAUGUUUCUGUGAUGUAGAACACAGCUCAACUGCCUCAGAUCUAAUCCUUAUUUUGUAGCUUCCAAAAGUCAUGCAGUUGUCUGCCCAUACUGACACUUUAAAUAAACAAAAACUUUUUUUUUACAAUUUAAAUUAUAGUUAUGUGAAGAAGACUAUAUUAAAUUGGAGAACUAAGCUUUCAUAGGACUGUUCCAUUGGAUUUAGUAUACCAGUCAAAAAUUGGUAGGUUUCUUUCCAUGAGUUCUUGGGACCUGGCCUAAUAAAAUAUGGUAAUUUCUGCUCUGGAGUGCAUAGUUUUGUGAAGUAUUCAUUCUGUUUUAUUAAGCACUGUACCUGGAUGGCAGAAUUGUAUUAAUAUGUUCCAACGUUCCCUGUAUGGGAGCAAUGAAGAAUAUUUUAACUGUAACAAAUCUUCGGGAAAAAUGAAGGACCCAUGACUUGCUGAGAAAUUGGGAUGUGUGUUUUUUUUUUCUGUUCAUGCCUUAUGCCUUGACUAUAAAUAAAACAGAUGUAAAGUGUUGGUACAA